GUGAAACAAGCCGACUGGAGAACGGGACAAUUCCAGCCCGCCCACCCCGGCCACUCUCCUGGCGCGUGGGCGAGAGUGUGAGAUGCCGGGCGCCAUGGUUCAAAAUGAGCCUCCUCUGUCUCCGACUCCUAUGUCGCAGGCUGCGUACCACGCAUCAUCCGCAGCAGGAGCAGCAGCGGUGCAGCGCCAGAGCAUGGCGAGCAUGCGGCCUCAUCACGCCCGCACGCACAGUCGCUUCGCCGACAGUGCGAGUCGGGUGAGCGAUGAAGAGGGAUCGCGUACCGCAGUGAAAGUUGUUGUCCGAGUACGACCGCCGCUGAAAGCCACCGAUCCGGGCUUCGACCUGAUUCCACAACGAUUCCGCGAGAGCACUUGUGAAGUUCCAACGUCCAGUAAUCUGUCGGUACAAUCACCGCAGGGGAAGAAACUGUUCGUGUUCGACCGCGUCUUCGAUGAGACAACGACACAGGAAGGCGUGUGGGAGUACGUGAGUGACAGCGUGACCUCGUUUGUCAAGGGAUACAAUGUGUCGAUUCUCGCAUAUGGCCAGUCUGGCGCCGGAAAGUCAUAUACCAUGGGCACAUCUGGGCCCGAGGAUCAAUGCGAACCAGAUGUCAAGGGGAUUGUGCCACGAGCUGCUGAAGCGCUGUUCGACAUGCUCAAUGGCACUCCAACAGCGAGACCUACAGGCCUGCAGACGCCGAAACGCUACUCCACGCAAGCGAUGCCAGUGAUGCAAAAGGCGGCCAACGGGACAUCCAAGACAUGGGAACUCCGAGCGUCUUAUGUGGAAAUUUACAAUGAGCAGCUGCGCGAUUUGCUGAUUCCCGAGUCUGUGCCUCAAGCAGAGCGCGGUCAAGUGGCUAUCCGUGAAGACACGAAAGGUCGAAUCAUGCUCACGGGACUCACGCAAGUGCCUGUCAAUUCUGCCGAGGACAUGCUCAAUGCGCUCAAUUUUGGAUCGCAAAUUCGGCAGACAGAUGCGACUGCCAUCAACGCUCGUUCAUCCCGCUCGCAUGCCGUCUUCAGUCUGAACCUGAUACAGAAAAAGCACGACACACCCGGAUCUGCGUCCAAGGCAGACAAGCGAAGGUCGAUAUCUGCCGAUCAAUUGAAUGGAUCCGACAGUGUCGUCACGCUCGACAGUAAGCUACACUUUGUCGACUUGGCCGGUAGCGAACGUUUGAAGAACACAGGCGCCACCGGUGACAGAGCGAAGGAGGGCAUCUCCAUCAACGCUGGACUCGCAAGUCUGGGCAAAGUCAUCUCCCAACUGUCUUCCAAGGGCGGCAACGGUCACAUCUCCUACCGCGACUCCCGCUUAACCAGAUUGUUGCAAGACUCUCUUGGCGGCAACGCCAUCACAUUCAUGGUUGCCUGUGUGACACCAGCGGUCUUCCAUCUUAGUGAGACUUUGAACACCGUCACCUAUGCUCAACGAGCGCGUGCCAUUCAGAGUAAGCCGGAGAUUCAGCAGACUCACGAGGAGACAGAUAAACAAGCUGCCAUCGAUCGACUCCGCGCUGAAGUUGGCUUCCUUCGCGAUCAGAUCCGCCACGCCGAGCAUAACUCUGGACGAGCCGCCGACGGCCAUGAUCGCAUGGAUCGAUCGCGAGGUCGCGAGAAUGAGUUGCAGACUCAAUUGAUGGAUAUGCAAGAGAAUUACAACGCCCUCAGUCAGCGUCACGCAAAGCUCAUUGCGGAGAUCUCGAGGAGUAGAGAUGACGAGCACGCCGAGACACCGCUCCUGAAUGAGGCCAUUGGCGAGAACGCGAGCGAGAGGAUCAAGCGCUCCAACUCGUUCGCCGAAGCCGUGGAGCAAGUGGUACUCGAGUACGAGAAGACGAUCCAAAGUCUGGAAACGUCGCUUUCGCAGACACGAGCAUCGCUAUCGAGCAUUGAGAGCACGCUGCUCGAGAAAGAGACACGAAUAGCAUACAUGGAUACCAUCCAGAAGCAGAUGCAGGCUCGAAUUGCAAAAUACAUGGAGCGAGAGGCCAACAACGACUCGUAUACUCGUGAUCUGGAGGACAAGAUGGAAGGAGCAUCGUCUGAAGACGACCGCAAAGACACGCUGAUCAGCGAACUGCGCAAGGAGAUCGCGCGCGUGCGAGAUAGUGAAGGCAAUGCCGAAGAAUACAUCUCCACGCUCGAAGAGCGCCUGGCAGAAGCGGAACAGGACCAGGAGAUCAUGCAACGCGAAAUCGAUCGUCUCGAGCAUGUCGUCGAACGGCAGCGAAGCAUCGGCAGGCUGGACAGCCUGCUUGGAGAACUUGAUGGCAUGCGCAGUAAUGAAGUACCGACGAACGGGCAAGACUCGGCACGGCCUCCACCGAGCACCAAUGGCCACACCGACGACUACGAUCCCUUCCGGGAGCAAGACAGCGUCGCGAACGAGCACGAAGAGUACGACAAGAUCGACCACGCCAUUCCAGUCACAGGAGGUUCAUUGAGGAGAGCCUCAACUUUGGAAGCAGCCCGCACUCCGGCUCAGGACGAUUUCGUGGCCGAAAAGCUGGAAAACCUGACGCAAGAGUUUUUCGAUCUGAGGUCCGAGCACGAGUCUGUGCUGACUGACUACGAUAACCUCCAGCAGAAGUACCGCACUGCUCUCGAGACGCUUGCGAAGUUGGAAUAUGGCAAAGAUGACACGUCAAAAGCCCCACCCGAAGAUGAAUCUCCUGUCACUACUAGCAGCCGGAGCUCUUUUUUAGCCGAGACGGGGAUGCAAGACGAGGACAAAGCUACUACGGAAGGCCAGUUUUCAUCCUCACGAUCAUCGCGCUCGGAGUUGUCCUCGCGGCAGGCACCGAAUGGUGCCGUCGACAACAAGAUCACAAGAAUCAUUACCAGUGAGAGUCCUACCGACACUGCGCCAAGCCCAACCACUGGCGAGCAUAUGCAAGUUCUUCAGGAGAUGGAAAUGCUUAAGAAGCUCCAUGCCGAGAAGGAGGUGUCUGUUGCUGAGCUGACCAAGAAUUACAUGAGUUUGGCACAACGACAUGAAGCUACCUUGAGCCACGUCGAGGAACUGAAGCAGGAAGUACAAAGCUCGCAGCGCUCCGCAUCCCCUGCAUUUUCCAGUUCUCCUGGCUUCGGACCUUCUCCAGCCAUGCGGCAAGGAUCGUGGCGACGUAGAUCUGAAGAGAUACUCGGCAGCAGCUCUGAUCGUGCCUCUCGGUCUUAUGUGUCGCUUCGCACAAUGGCGCUCAAUAAUUUCGAGGACCAAGCUGAUGUGCGACAUACCUUUGAGCAACAUUUGAACACUGUGAUGACAGAGUUGCACGGCCGAUCAGAGCGUGUGCAAAGCCUCGAAAGCGAGAUUGCGACUCUGCGGAAGGAUAUGGAGCAAAAGCAGACUAUCAUUACAGGCCUCACGCGAGAACGGACGAGCCUGGCUGCUGUUAAUGCGUCGGGAGUGGACUUUUCUGUCGUCGGUCAGAUGCGGGAGCAACUGAUGGAGAGCGAGAACAAGAUCCGCUCGCUCCAUGAAGAGCACGCCGCUCGCGAAAAGGAACUCCAAGGAGAGCUUGAGAAUCUCAAAGCUGCGCUUGCCGAACACCAGAAUUCUUCCGCGAACUUGCUACCGACGCCGAUGGACGUCCCGGGACACUUUCCAGUUACCCCAGCAAAGGAAGUGGUUCCGAAUAUGGAGUCAUCCCGAGAGCAGGCCACAGCAGGAGCACCCAAUUCUACUCAGCACGAUGAGGUGGCACGUCUACAGAGGGAGGUAGAGGAAUGGGAACAAACGCAUCGUGAAGCAAUCGAGAGCAUGACUGCUUCUCAAAACAGCCUCAUGGACACCAUUGCCGAACUUCAAGCUUCGCUGAAACAGGCGGAAUCUGGCGCAAAAUCCCUGCCCGAAGCGGCUCACCCAUCAUCCACCGAAGAUCUCUUGGAGCAAGAACGCGUCAAGCAUCAAGAGAUCGUCAAUACACUCAACACGCAAGUGCAAGAGCACAGGGCGAUAGCGGAUGAACGUGUCGCACAUCUGGACCAACUCCAAGCGCAGUACAACGAUAUGCAGAGGCAGCUGGAUGACCAUGGCCACUCCAGUCAACUCACGCAGAAAGAACUGGACCAGCACAGGGAGCUUGUGUCAAACCUGGAGAAUCAACUGCAGGUGCACAAAUCCGCAGUCACUCUCCAUCAAGAAAGCUUGGAGUCCCUGCAAGCUUCGCAUACGAAGGAGGUCGAGGAGCACACUGCCAGGCAUACUGAGCUGCAGCAGAAACAUGAAGAGGUUACUGCCGAUUUUGAGAAGCAAGUCACAGAUGCGAAGAGCGAGACGGCAGAUCUGCUUCGCCUUGCCUCCUCGGCCCUGGGCUAUGAAACGAGUCACGCGCAGCUUCAUACGCAUAUUUCGGGAUUGGUCGAGGAAGGCAAGGAGUUGCAUGGCAGACAUCUCAAGACGACGAACGAUCUGAAGAGCGUACAAGAAGAGCUGCAGAACGCGAAUACUCGUGCGUCCCAGCUCGAGAGCCAAAUGGAUGAGCUCAAGGUGCUUGGCGAAGAACGAGCAAAGCAGCUAGAGGCCAUCACUGAAAAGUACAACAAGACGUCAGCAUUGGUCGAUCAGCUCGAGGAGCAGCUCAGCUCCAAUUUCGAUGAGCAUCAGGCGACUAAUAAUCGUUUGUCGAACAUGCAGUCGGAGACGGUGGAAGCACGCAGCGUGCUCGAAAAGGAACUGGAAGAGGCCAAGUCGAGAAGCAUUUACCUUGAGCAACAACUCAACGCAUUCAAGCAUCUAUCGCUCAACUCCAAUACUUCAUCUCAGGUCAACCGCGAUUCUUUGUCACCUGAUGCGGCAGGAGGGGCACUCGGUCGUCAAGGCUCUUCAUCUUCCCAGCAGCGCAAGUCUGGACCCAUCACGCUCCCGACGCCGCCGCCUUCGAUUCCCCUUCCGCCCCUGCCCGGGUCACCCGUCUCUGGCGCCAUGGAACGAACGGCAUCUCCUACGCCUCGCACGCAAUCGCCACUGGGAGGGUCCCCACCGGCGUCCAGACAUACUUCUAACGAAGUGAGCCCCAGCCCGGCAGUAUCACAGCUCAUUGAAGAGCAAGAAGCUCGUAUUCGGACGAUUGAGAAGCACCUGUUCGCCGAGAAGCAACUCACGGCGACGCUCGAAGAGGCACUGGUCGAUCUCGAAACGUCUGCCAAUCGCACCAAGUCGGAGAUGGAGAACUGGCGCAAGAAAUGCCAGAGCCUGGAAGACGAGCUCGUCAGCUUGCGCAAGGAGCGUAGUAACUCGCGAGCCAGCUUGCAAGCGGUCGAAGAGGAGCGCGAGAUGCGUGUGCGCGCCGAACGAGCGCGAACGGCACUCGAACAGCGCAUGGCGGAGCUCAACAAUAACAACAAAAAGAAGAAGAAGGGUGGAUUGAACUGCUUCUAGGAAAAGCACCUUCGUCAUUCGCUGGUCGUGCAUCGACCGCGACACCAACACCACAAAUUACAUGGGCGGGAACUGUACGCGGGUUGUACCCACUACGGCUUUCUCUCUCCUUGACAGAGAGAGUCGCCCACCAAAUACUGAUUUCACCGCGAUUGUUUUUAUACCCCCCACCACGUUCCCGACUUGCGCAGACUCUUGAAGUUAUUUUUCGAUGGGAGUUCUUCACGUGUUCAUGGCAACACGCUCCUUUUGACAUGCCCCGUCACGAGCUUGCGAAAGAAUAUGGCCCACAGGCGUAGGCACGGCGUUUUUUCUGUUUGAUACCAAAAGGAAGGAGAUGUUUGGGACAGAAAUUGAGUUUUUUUGUAUUUUGGGAACGGGCUGCUUCAGCACCGCUCGCUCUUUCCUCUCGAGCUUGGAUUGGCUCGUACCC